CUGGCACGUGACUAGCCUCACGCCCUUAUCCGGGUCCUUGGCUCCAGGAACUCCAGGCAGGAGUUACCUAGCUCAGGAGCUUCUAGGACGCUGGAGCUGUCCGCCGCCUGGUGCUGAAAGGGACAAGGCGGGUUCGAGAUGGUCUGCUGCCAGGCCGGCCACAGGACGGGUAACGCCACUGCUUGGGGAGGGCAGUGACGCGCGAUGCUUGGCUGUUUCGUGGCACGCCCACGGCGUCCUGCCACAGGGAUUGGCCCAAACGCGUUUUUAAAAAGGCGUCCAGCACCUUGAACUUGGAUUGGAACCCACAUUGAUACCGUUCUGCCUUCCAAGCCCACCGUGCAGAUGGCAAGAUGGACUCCGGCACUCCGCCUCCAAGCCCCUCUGGCCCACCUCCUCCAUCCGCACCACAGCCCCAGGCCCGGGCCCGGCUCAAUGCCACUGCCUCACUGGAGCAGGAAAAGGUUGAAGCACCGCAUGCUCCCAGACCUCAGGCUGAUCCCAGCGCUGGACCGGGUGCUGGGGAAGCCGCCACUCCAGAGCCACGGGCCACUCACGCCAGCAGCCGGGAAGGAGUAAAUAAGGCUGGUCCCGUGAAAGCAGAUGUGGAGAUCCCCUUUGAAGAGAUCCUGGAGAAAGCCAAGGCUGGAGACCCCAAAGCACAGACAGAGGUGGGCAAACACUACCUACGGCUUGCCAAUGACGCAGAUGAAGAACUCAACAGCUGCUCGGCCGUGGCCUGGCUAAUCCUGGCAGCCAAGCAGGGCAGGCGGGAAGCUGUGAAGCUGCUGAGGCGGUGCCUGGCUGACAGGAAAGGCAUCACUUCUGAGAAUGAGGCUGAGGUGAAGCAGCUGUCCUCUGAGACUGACCUGGAGAGGGCCGUGCGCAAGGCUGCCCUGGUCAUGUACUGGAAACUCAACCCCAAGAAGAAGAAGCAGGUGGCCGUGUCCGAGCUGCUGGAAAAUGUCGGGCAGGUCAAUGAGCAGGAUGGAGGGGCGCAGCCAGGCCCAGUCCCCAAGUCCCUGCAGAAGCAGAGGCGCAUGCUGGAGCGCCUAGUUAGCAGUGAAUCCAAGAACUAUAUUGCUCUGGACGACUUCGUGGAGCUCACCAAGAAGUACGCCAAGGGCAUCAUCCCCACCAACCUGUUCCUGCAGGACGAGGAUGAAGAUGAGGAUGAGCUGGCAGGGAAGAGCCCCGAGGACCUGCCGCUACGCCAGAAGGUGGUGAAGUACCCUUUACACGCCAUCAUGGAGAUCAAAGAGUACCUGAUUGACUUGGCCUCCAAGGCAGGCAUGCAUUGGCUGUCCACCAUUGUGCCCACGCAUCACAUCAAUGCCCUCAUCUUCUUCUUCAUCAUCAGCAACCUAACCAUCGACUUCUUCGCCUUCUUCAUCCCCCUGGUGGUCUUCUACUUGUCCUUUGUGUCCAUGGUCAUCUGCACCCUCAAGGUGUUCCAGGACAGCAAGGCCUGGGAGAACUUCCGCACGCUCACUGACCUGCUGCUGCGCUUUGAGCCCAACCUCGACGUGGAGCAGGCUGAAGUCAACUUCGGCUGGAACCACCUGGAGCCCUAUGUCCACUUCCUGCUCUCAGUCGUCUUCGUCAUCUUCUCCUUCCCGCUGGCCAGCAAGGACUGCAUCCCCUGCUCGGAGCUGGCCGUCAUCUCUGCCUUCUUCACAGUGACCAGCUACAUGAGCCUGAGCAGCUCCGCCGAGCCCUAUACCAGGCGGGCCCUGGUCACCGAGGUGGCUGCUGGGCUGCUGUCCCUUCUGCCCACCAUGCCUGUGGACUGGCGCUUCCUGAAAGUGCUUGGCCAGACGUACUUCACCGUGCCCAUUGGCCACUUUGUCAUCCUCAAUGUCAGCCUCCCCUGCCUGCUCUACGUCUACCUCUUCUACCUCUUCUUCCGAAUGGCCCAGCUGAGGAACUUCAAGGGCACGUAUUGCUACCUGGUGCCCUACCUGGUGUGCUUCAUGUGGUGUGAGCUGUCGGUGGUCAUCCUGCUCCAGUCAACCGGCCUGGGCCUGGUCCGCGCCUCUAUUGGCUACUUCCUCUUCCUCUUCGCCCUCCCCAUCCUGGUGGCUGGCCUCGCCCUGAUGGGCAUGGUGCAGUUCGCCCGAUGGUUCCUGUCACUGGACCUCACCAAGAUCAUGGUCACCACGGUGAUCUGUGGCGUGCCCCUGCUUUUCCGUUGGUGGACCAAGGCCAACUUCUCGGUGGUGGGGAUGGUCAAGUCCCUGACUCGGAGUUCCAUGGUCAAGCUCAUUCUGGUGUGGCUCACGGCCAUCCUGCUCUUUUGCUGGUUCUACGUGUACCGGUCAGAAGGCAUGAAGGUCUACAACUCCACGCUUACCUGGCAGCAGUACGGCUUCCUGUGCGGGCCGCGGGCCUGGAAGGAAACCAACAUGGCACGGACCCAGAUUCUGUGCAGCCACCUGGAGGGCCACAGGGUCACGUGGACAGGCCGCUUCAAGUACGUCCGCGUGACCGAGAUCGACAACAGCGCUGAGUCGGCCAUCAACAUGCUCCCGUUCUUCUUGGGUGACUGGAUGCGCUGUCUGUAUGGUGAGGCCUACCCAUCCUGCAGUCCCGGCAACACAUCCACGGCCGAGGAGGAACUCUGUCGACUCAAGCAGCUGGCUAAGCACCCCUGCCACAUCAAGAAGUUUGACCGCUACAAGUUUGAGAUCACCGUGGGCAUGCCAUUUGGGACCAACGGCAACCGUGGCCACGAAGAAGAUGACAUCACCAAGGACAUCGUUCUCCGGGCCAGCAGCGAGUUCAAGGAUGUGCUGCUGAACCUGCGCCAGGGCAGCCUCAUUGAGUUCAGCACCAUCCUCGAGGGCCGCCUGGGUAGCAAGUGGCCCGUCUUUGAGCUCAAGGCCAUCAGCUGCCUCAACUGCAUGGCACAGCUGUCCCCAGCCCGGCGGCACGUAAAGAUUGAACAGGACUGGCGUAGCACGGUGCACGGCGCCCUCAAGUUUGCCUUCGACUUCUUCUUCUUCCCAUUCCUGUCCGCCGCCUGAGGAGUGCCCGCCACUGGAGGAGGCUGCAGUGCAUGUUGCCGUGAGCCCCACCCCACCCCCCGUGUGGCCACCCAGCCAGCUGGAGCAGCGCCGUGCAGAGCAUGUGUGUGUGUGUGUGAUGUGUGUCUACUCUGUUCUCACAUGGGUAGAUCCCAUGUGCAGGGGCCUUGUGCUCACCUGUAGACUGCAGACCCCACUGGAGGGUGGUUCUCUAUAGCACUGUCCACUUUGAAUGCCAAGUGUCAAGAAAUUGCAUGCUGUCCUCACUCACAAUCCUGCCCUUUACCUAUAAAGCUGGAGAUCUGGGCCUGGCCCCAAAGACCCCCAUCCCGAAAAGCACUUUACAGAUAGGAGUCUCCCUCUCAGCCCUUCACGCCUUCCUGCCCUUCCUUAUUUUGUGUUGGAUUUGUUUUUCAGAAAACCAAAUACGUGUCUAUGUAGAUUUCAUGGUAGUUUUCUUAUUUAUUUGGUUGCUGCUAAUCCUUGAUAGUGGUCAAGUGUCCUUCCUGGGUCAUCCCCAAUGGUCACAUCCUGCCUGGCUUCCUGCCUGGGGAUAGCAUGUCCAAACUGGGCUCUGAACACUACAGCCUGCCUUGGAGCUCUCCCAUCUCUGGGGGGGAGGGGGGGAGGGAGUUUGUGGGGAUGCCUCUUCUGCAUCUCCCAGGACCUGGGAAACAGUUCAAGAGUGUCCCUUUUCAGAACCCAGGUAAGCUCGGCCAUGUUCAGCAUGGCAGAGCCAAAAGCAAGGUCCUAAGGCAGCCGAAAUAAAAAAGCUUUGAAACCCA